AUGAAGUACCGAAAGAAGCGCAAACAACGCACAUGGUACACACACAACCAAGCAUUGAACUUGACAACACAAUAUGCUAAGAAAAUCGUCUCUCUUGUCAACCCAAAAGACGUGAGCUGGCCUUGGCAACUAGGGGACAAGGCCAAAGACAGUUUCAUAGAGGCGUGUGGGGAUAUUAUUCAACCAAAGCACACAACACCGCCAUCCUUAUUACAUCAGCAUGACAAGGAUAAAAGGCGCCGGCAUAUUCAGGUCUCCGAUUACCGAGAUUUCGUGGCGGAUGUCUAUGCUAAAGCUGGGCGACCUGUGCUUCUGUGUUGCGUCGGUGCUUUGGGUUGUAAGACUGGAAUCACUGAUCGCAUGAACAAGAAGGAGAGAAGCGCCUUAAAGAAGCUGCUUCUAACCCAGGCGAACCUACCUCCAUUUAACAACCCAACCCUGAAGAUACUUGCGGAUCAACUUGUGGAGUUGGUGUCGCAUUCGAACCGGGAAACCAGCGCCAUCCGUAUUGAUGAAGAGUCUAUACGGGAUGCUGGCUCUGCUCUCGAAGACAAUGCAGGAAGUCAUAUCACGGGCGAUCCGACUUUGCAAUUCGCGGAAACCUUCCAAGGACAGUCAUCCAUGCAUCAUGACCUACGUGUGACCAGUGCAGAUACUCAAGAAGGUGCGAUGAUAUACGCAUCGAUAAAGGGAGUAGAGAACUUCUUCAGCAAAUCAGUUGGAAAAUUUAUCAAAAAGCUUCAAGUGGACCAGGGCGGGGAAUGUAUUUGGAAAGCGUAUGUCAUCAUGCGAUUUCCAAAUUGGGCUGGAAUCACGGACUGCAUGAUGAGUUUGGAUAUAGAAGAACAAGGUGUGCAAGAGUUCGCCGUAAAACUGUUCAAGGCCAAAGUGGAAUGGAAGGGGCAAUUUCGGGAAAUACACUGUCCCGGAAGAAUCGUUUUGCAGCCCAACAAAGCAGUAUUAUAUGACGCGGACCCCCAAGCUAUUCGAGAAAUAUUUCCCGAGGAGCUAGAAUGUGCUAUGAACGAAAGCCCGCUGCGGAAAGAAGAAAUAAGGGCUGGACACACGACAACGGUCUGCGUAACAAUGGGGCUUGGUCUGACAAACACAGGUGCCGUUAUCAGUUUCUCGUUGGGUUUCAGGAAGGGCUUGGGGAUAAAAGAGAAAUUAAAUUGA